CUGUAGGUUUGUCUGUGUAUUAUGUCUUUGUGUACCUAUACACUACACCACUUAUCACUGCUAUAUAUUAAGUUCAGGGUCAAUGAUUUGGGAUUAAAUGAAUAAGAUGGUAAUACGUGAAACACAGUAGAUAUAUUUCCUACGUGCGCCUACGGUUCGGCGUUACAAGCGACUGACUGACUGGCUCUAUAACUAGCGUACUCAACGCAAUCAGUAAAGUCAGCAUUUGUGUCCCUACACAUCCAUUACAUGCCUACAUAAGUUAUAUUUUGUUAUAGAUAUACCGAUAAAGUUAAGCAACAAUAAUAAAAUUAAUAACGUGUACUGCAAUUGCUAGUUGCAAUGAUGGGGCUCGAAGAAAAUUCACAAUAAUUAAUGUUAUCAAAAAACAAUGACGUUUGGAAAUUACAGUCGGACUGCAGUCAAAUGUCAAAGUACAUUGUCAAAUUUGUCAAUUCUGUCAAAUCAAAAUUAUGACCUUAUCAGUCAGCUGGUGGUGGUAGGUCUAAUUGGAUUGAGCAUGGGAUUAUCAUAGGUUUUGGUGAGUUAGUUGUAGUAAAGGCUUCAACAUGAAUCGUUACCGGCGGGUAUUUAGAGUGUCCUGGCUCAGAAGGUGCUUCUCGACCAAUGGAGACAAAAAGACAGAAAAUAUCCGUAACAUAGGCAUCUUGGCUCACAUAGAUGCAGGGAAAACAACAACUACGGAGAGAAUGCUGUUCUUCUCCGGGACCAUCAGAGCCAUGGGGGAGGUGCACCAUGGCAACACUGUGACAGACUACAUGGAACAGGAGCGGCAGCGGGGAAUCACCAUUACAUCUGCGGCGGUAUCGUUCCCCUGGCGUGGCAGUCAGAUCAACCUGAUAGAUACUCCGGGCCACAUUGACUUCACCAUGGAGGUGGAGCAGAGCCUCGCUGUGCUGGACGGAGCUGUCAUUGUGCUGGACGCCUCAGCUGGUGUAGAAGCACAAACCCUAACAGUGUGGAAGCAAGCCAGUGGGUACCGAGUGCCUCGGAUCCUGUACCUCAACAAGAUGGACCGAGGAGACGCCAGCGCUGAGGCGUGUGCUCGCUCCGUCAAAGAAAAACUCAAUGCUCAGCCGCUGUUGCUGCAUACUGAUGUCAGGCUUGAAGGAAGACUUAUAGGUUUGAUAGACCUGAUAACGAUGGAGGAGGUGAUAUGGACGCAGGGGCGGGGGCAGACGCUGGUGCGGCGCAAGCUGACGGAGACGGCGGACGGACGCAAGUGGGAGGCGGCCAUGGCCGACCACAAGGACCUCGUGGAUACACUGUCCAGUCUCGACGACCAGCUCGCCGAGACUAUUAUACAACAGGAAACUCUAGAAAUCAGCAGCAAAGAAAUAGAAGAAGCUAUCAGACGGUGCACCCUCGCAAUGAAAGGCUUCCCAAUCCUCUGCGGCAGCUCCUACAAGAACAUUGGCGUCCAGACCCUGAUGGACGCUAUCAUCUCCUACCUUCCAAGUCCUGGGGAAGGUCACAAGAUGUACAGAAGCUUCGGGACUGACCUGGCUGCCAGAGCCUUCAAGGUGCAGCAUGAUGACCAGCGAGGAGUGCUCACCUUCCUUCGGCUUUAUAGCGGAGAGAUCAGUAAAGGACAGAAGAUUUAUAAUCUUGCCCGGGAUAAGAAUGAGCAGGCGGGGGCGCUGUACGUGGCGCUGGCGGACGAGUACCGGCUAGUGGACAGAGUCACCGCGGGGAACAUCGCCGUCGUCAGCGCGCUCAAGGCCACAAUGACGGGUGACCUGGUGACAUCGUCCCAGUCUUCAGCGUCCCGGGCCAAGGCACAGCUGGCGCAGCUGCUGCAGACUGCCGGAGACCAGGUCGAGGAGCUGGUGCUGCCCAGUGCCAGGCAGAAACUACAGGUCAUGGACACGCCGCCUUCUAAUGAUGAACUUGCUGAACUACUGCUGGGAAUCGGCACUACGGUCCCGGAGCCCGUGUUCCUGUGCUCCAUCGAGCCGCCCAGCGUGUCGCAGCAGCCCGCGCUGGACGCCGCCCUGCUGCAGCUGCGGCGGGAGGACCCCAGCCUCCGCGUGCACACCGACGCCGACAGUGGACAGACUGUACUCGCAGGUAUGGGCGAGCUCCACCUGGAAAUAAUCAAAGAGCGCAUUAUCCGGGAGUACAGGAUCGAGGUGGAGUUGGGGCCCCUGCAGAUAGCGUACAGGGAGACCCUGCAGGGCUCCGCCCGGCACACGCUCGCCGUGGACCGCAAGAUUGGGGGCUCCAGGCAGCUCUGCAAGGUCACCAUGUCUGCUAAACCUGUGAAGGGCAUCCCUUCUGAGAAGAUCUUGAAAUUGGACAAGAGUGGCGACAGCGCGGCCAACCUGUCCCACGUGCACCCUCGCCACAUGCAGGCCAUCAGACAGGGGCUCGCCACCGCCCUCAUGCACGGAGCCAAGCUCGGCUGUCCCGUAGUAGACGUGCAAGUGACGCUGCACUGGUUCGAGCUCGGGCGAGGCACGUCCGACUCCGUGGUCACCGCCACCGUCGCGCAAUGCCUCCGGAAGGUGUUCGAAGAAGCAGAGCCAGUGCUGCUGGAGCCGCUGAUGUUCGUGGAGGUGGUGUGCCCGGAGUCCCACUCGGCCAGGGUCCUGGCAGACCUCGCGCGCAGACGGACCCAGAUACAGCACAUACAUGUCCGCCAUCAGAACAAGGUGAUAGAGUGCCUGGCCCCGUUGUCGGAGCUGCUGGGCUACUCCACCAGCCUGCGCUCCCUCAGCUCCGGCCUGGCCAGCUUCACCAUGGAGUUCCAUUCCCACAGCCAGAUGUCGCCAGUCGACGAGGAGAAAGCCAUCAGAGCCAUCACAGGUUUCUAAACACACUAUCGAACGAGAUAUGUAUAUUAUAUACCAGGGGUGGCCAACAGGGGCCUUAGUCUGCUAUUACAAUUGUGUCAGAAUGGUCGAUCACUGAGCAGUGCGAGAGAGACGGAGCUAUGAAGGUUGUAUAGCAGACUAAGGCCACAGGUCGAUCGCGAUCGACCGGUCGAUCCCGAGAGCAUUUUUGACCGAUCGUGGACCAGAUUUUAAGAAAAAAACUUCAAAAUGUUUGGUACUAAAGUAUGUGUACACAUAAAUAUUUUGUAUAAAAGGUCGAUCGCGAGGAACUUUUAGAAAAAAAGUCGAUCGCGAGUACAUAUAAGUUGGCCACCCCUGUUAUAUACUAUGUGGGAUUAUACAACGCCUCAUGCAAUGUCAGGAUACUUUCGUGAGACAUACUAAAUAAAUUAUAAUGUUGUCGGCUUACUCACGUAAAUGUUUGACGAGCAACUCGACUAGUUUCAAGCCAUGCUAGAGUCUCAUAUUCAUGAGCUGCUACUGGUAGUACUGGUAUUCGAGUUCCUCGUCAAACAGUUACGUGAGUAAGCCGAUAACAUAAUAACUAAUGAUAGGCUACGUAUUAAAAUGGUGUGAGCAAUUUAUGGUUAAUGUUGAAAAUAGGCGAUGCUUGUGACUAAACCAGAAAAAUAGCAAAACUGUAAUUUUAUCAUGGAUAGUUUUGUAGUCGCUCGAAGUGAACGUUUUGAAAAUUGCAACAUAUCUUAGCUUUUAUUACCUAGUAGUAACGAUCAUAGUAGAUAACACUCUGUGGUUUCUACCUACCAUUGGGAUCAAGAUGUAUUUCUGGUUAGGUUAUAAGUACAUUAAAAAUGAAUGUAAUCUCAACUGUAUGAAAAGUAGAUGGCAAUAUAAUUAAUAUUGAAAACUUUAAAAAAAAUAUCAAUGUUGUCUACCCCUUCACUGAAUUCCAAAUGCUUGAUUACUAUCUUCUACCACGCUUAAAUAAACUACAGUUUUUUUAAUAGUCGUAUCACGCCUUUAAUCCCCGACGGGGUAGGCAGAGGUGCACUUUGCGCUACGUAAUGUCGCUGUACAAAGUCCCAUGUAAUUGGGGGUGAGCCAACUGGGCACAAUUCCAGACUCCGUACUACUAAUGAGAGAGUGAUACUUUGCCCGAGCCCGACCCGGGAAUCGAACCCGAGAACCCUUGCCCGGCACUUGCAACCACUUUCAACGAGGUAGUCUUCUAUCUGCCUACGAUUUCAAGAAUGAAUAAAAGGCAAGAUAAAUAAGCAAUGAUUGGUCAAGAAAUAAAUUGUUCUUUAAUUUUAAAAACCUUGGGUCUUUUAUGAACAUAGAUAUAAAGAAUAUUAAAAUUCCGCCAUUACGCCUUGUUAUUGCGUCUUGGUGCUAUGAUAUUGUGACCCCUGUGGGGUUUUAGAUAGCAAUUUAAAAUGGUGAAGUUUGAACGGCUAAAGUCGAACUUGGACCAGUAAUAUUAUGUAUGUGAAAGUGUUAUUAACCGAUUCGUUGCGGAUGGCACGACAGGCGUGCCAUCCAAUUUUUUUACAUAUGGCGUAUGACACGCGUGUCGUGUCAUUAAAUGUCUUUUAUCUCGCUCAAAUCGAAAUUUCUCGAGGUGCUUCUUGAAAAAAGAAAAAGAACAUUUUAUUCUGUACAUGGCUGAUGGCACAAUAGGCGUGUCAUCAACUGAUAUGGCGCUUGACACGACUGUCGUGUCACGAAAUAUUUGUUCGUCGCCACGCAUAAAAGUGCACCAAAAUGGGCGUCGCAACGAAUCGGUUAA